AUGAAGUUAUCAGUCUCUUGGUGGUCACUCAUAUUAAAAAGGCUGUUACCUGCUGGUGUGAUCAUCUUAUUUUUCGUUACUUUUUGCUACACUCUUCGUCCAAUAGAUAUUGUACAAGCUGCCCAGUUUCAGAGACCGACCGACAACCACUUGCCUGCAAAGACAUCCAGACUACACUACCUCAUUCCCGCGUCCGAACCCUCAUUGAACCUGUGUGCAAAUAUUAUAUCUGUACUCGCCAAUCGAUAUCCGAUCCCUUCUAUACUUGGCUACAAAGGCAAAAACGAGUUCGACGCAAAGGUGGCUCAUAUUGCCAAACUUCACAGCAUCCGACGAUACUUAAACGGGCCUGCUGGGAAACAUAGCGAUGACCUGGCCAUUAUUGCCGAUGGUCACGAUGUACUAGCCCAACUACCUGCCGAGGUUUUAAUUGAGCGAUACUUCGAGAUCAUGAAGCGUCAUGAUCGUGUCCUUGCCGAUCAAUUUGGGCUUUCCGUUGCUCAGGCCCAUGAAUAG